AUGAUUUUACAACCUGUAAGUUCUGGCUCAAUAAAUAUCUCAGGAGAUAGUCAUUAAAAUGGACUUGAUCAUUAUUUGACAGAGUUGAAUAAUUAAAAUUUGAUGUAAGUCAGACGACCCAAUGAAGAUCAGAUUUUAGCAUUCAUUGAUUUUGAGGGACUUAAAGCUGAUAGAUUUAAAUAACACAAGACAGUUCCUGAUUAAAUUAAAGAUGAUAAAAGUAUUGGAAGCAAAGUAUUGCAUUAGGUUCGUAGGAACAGUGCAGAGUAAUCUGAAGAAUCACCUUUAAAGUAAUCACUUAGAGAUGAAUUCAUCCAAUAUGAGAGUCCUAAUAUGGAGCUAAAAAAAUUUGGGGAUACUGAAGAACACAGAAAGAGUAAGACUGUUAUUAGUCCUGCGAUUUAAUCAUCAAAAUCACCAAAACGAAAGAGUAAACAUUUUUCAAGAAUUUUCACAAAAAUUACAAAUAGAAUGCAUUUGGCAAGAAAAUUUGUUUAAAAAUUGAAAUCAUUAUCUCCGUUUUCAAGAAAGGUUAGCAAAUAACAAAUGUAAAUAAUAUAGGACUUAAGUUCUGAUAUUAAUAAUUCAAAUGAGAAAUACAUGAAUUAAAGUUAUAUAAAGAUGCAUGAUUCAGUUAAAUCAAAAAAGAAACUGAGAAGAAUAAAUAGCUUUCAAGCAUUUAUAGCAUUAAAAUCAUAUUUUAGUGUUUGUAAAUUAUAAACUGUUUUAAAUAAAAUCAAAAAUGGAACAAUAGAUCCUUAAGGGAAUUUCCUUUUCUUUUGGGAAUUAGUGAAAUUUUUCAUUACACUAUCGUCACUAUUCUAAUUAUCAAUACAAAUAUGUUUUAAUUUGAACGUUUUAAAUUGGUAUUUUGUUGCUGAAAAAGAGAAUUCAUAAAACAUAUUAAUAUUUAUGUUUAUAUAUUACUUAAUAGAUAUAUUUCUUGGAUUUAGGACAGGUUACUAUGAGAACGGAGAAGUAGUGAUAAAAUAUUAAAGAGUGGCAAGAAGAUAUUUCAAGACUUAUUUUUUUGUAGAUCUGAUAUCAAUCUUGCCAAUUUUUAUUAACAUUAUAUUGAUUCAAUCAUUUGAGAAUGAUAAUACUAUAAUUAAGAUAGUGAAUUGCUUAUCAUUUUUAAGAUCUAAUGCUUUAAGUAGAGUAUAUCAUUCAUUGGAAGGUAGAUUAUUGAGUAAUCCUCGAUUUGUUAUAGGAUAUAGAUUUUUGAGUGUUAUAGGAACAGUAUUUUUGUAUGCACAUGUAUUUGGAUGUCUAUGGUAUUUAAUGGCUUAAAAAAACCAUAAUAAUUGGAUAAAUAAAGCAGGAAUAGUGGAAGAUUCUUGGUUCGCUCUUUAUAGUUAUUCAAUCUAUUGGUCUGUGAUGACUAUGACUACAGUAGGAUAUGGAGAUUUAACACCAGCAAAUCAUGAAGAAGCCUUAUUUUGUGUUUGUACGAUGUUCAUAGCAAGUGUAGUUUUUGCUUAUUCAAUAAACACUAUAGGAAUGAUUAUUGCUGAAAUGAAUAAAUUUGAUGAGAAGAUAAAUGAGAAUAUGGCUAUAAUUAACAGAUAUAUGUAACGAAAGAACUUCGAAUAAUCUUUGCAAUUUAGAGUGAGACAAUAUUUACAAAAUUUAUGGACUUAAGAAGAUAAAUUUAGAAUAGUGGAUGAGAAUAAAAUUAUCAAUUGUUUAAGUCCAACAUUAAAAGAAGAAAUACAAAUAUGUUUAUAUGGUUAAUUUAUAACUAACAUUCACAUAUUUUACAGAUAUUUUAGUUAGGAAUGCCUAUUAGAGUUAACUAAGAAUGUUUAAGAAUAUAGGGUGGCACCAAAUUCUUAUGUAAUUGAGAAUGGUACUCAUGAAGGCAUAGCUUUGUAUUAAUUAGUAAGUGGGGAUGCUCAUAUGUUCGUAGAUCUGCAGGAUAGAAAAUAUUAUAUAGGUAAAAUGAAGCAAGGAGAUAUUUUUGGUCAUGGACCAUUUUUUAUGAAUACUUUGCAUUCUUAUAGUGUGAAAACUGAUAGUGCCUGUUCUUUUGCUUAUUUAUCAAAAUAGAUGUUUUUAGACAUUCUGUAAUCCCAUCCAGUAGAUUAUUAAACAUACAGGAUGAUAAUAGACCAGUGGACAUUCUAAAAUCAGAAAUUAGAUUUGGGAGUAAAAUGCAUUGGGUGUGGAGAGAGCGAGCACGAUCUAGAUCAAUGCAGCAAAUUACAUCUAAUAUUGAAUAAGAAAAUGUUAAUAGCAAAACAUUUAUUUUCUAUUCCCAAUAAACGAUUACCAUUCAAAAGAAAUAAUAGAAGGACAACAAAUGCAAAAUUUGGUCAAAGAUUAUUUGAAGAUGCAGUCUCCUUAUUUUAAGAAAAUAAUUUUUCAUUCUCAUCCGAUGAAGAGGAGCCAGAUGCUAGCCAACUUGAAAGGACUUAUCAAACUAAGAUGACGUAAGAAAUUAGAUAUUAAGAACAUACUUCGACUCAUAAAUCUUAAUAGCCAUUAUCAACAUAAUAACAUUAACAACCUAAAAAUGUGAGAUUUAGAAAAAGGUCUAGGUCUUUGAACUCUUUAAGUGUACAUUCUGAAGAAGAAUCUAAAUUCUAAAAAUCUAUGUCUGGAAUCAAAUCGAAUGAUUCCCAAUUAGAUAAAAUAAGUGGCAUUCCUGUUAGGAUAUAACAAAUACCUAGCUCAUAAUUGUCUUAGAGUUCAUUUAACGUUUUUCUCAAAGAGCAUCCUAAAAGAAAGAUCUCUAAAUAGUAGGAUUCUGAUAAAUAUUCCAAUCAUUCUAUUGGUCAACGGUAAUAACAACCAAUACACCUAUCUUAACAAUUAUUACAUAAAUCUAGCAGUUAAUCUAGUAGUGGUAAUCUGCCCUAAAGUAGCAUGGGUAUAGCUCUAGUACCCAAUACAUCUCCUCCUUUAUUCUAAUAAGAUGAAAAACAAUUGUAUUAGAGGAAUAAUUUUGAGGAUAGCUUAUACAUCACACAGGAUAGAAAAAAGAAAUCUCAAAUUGGAACUAACUAUUCCAAUACUAAAUCUAUGAAGAGUCCUUUAUAAGCAAUACCUUCUGUAGGAGAGAUCAAUGAAACAGAAAAAUUUAAUAAUAAUCAUUUGAAAGAGGGCUCUUAUACCUCAAAAUAAUUAUCUAUGCAAAGUAGAUCAAGAAGCUAAAGAUACACUAUUUCAUUAAGAACUGAUAGUUAAAAAAUUAAGGAAGAUACUAAACAUGACACUCAGAAACACGAUUUUAAAUAUCGAACUGAUACUUAUAGACAAUACAAUGAAAAUAAUAGUCCAUUAAAUGAAGAACAGUUUCACAAUAAAUUUGAAUAAGCUUGUGAUCUUAAAUCUUAUUAUCCACAAUAUAACAAGGAUUAGAUUAUUUAAAAAUAUAAAAGACAACAACUCAAAAAAGUAACUUAUUCCUAUUAAUUAAAAUUUUGA